GUUCCACGCGAUCACUGGAACUUCACAAUGUAUGCAUUCGAGAUGGGAGAGCAGAUAAUUAAGAUGGAUGAGUGAGGAUGAGACUUCCCAGUUCAGUUUUAGUGUCGGUCUUUUUGUUUACGGCCGAGACUGCGGCUGCUCUUUAUCUGAGCACCACUUAUCGCUCCGCCGGUGACAAGAUUUGGCAGUGUUUCACUCUCCUCUUCACGCUUGUGCCAUCCGUGCUGGUGCAGCUCACACUGAUCUUUAUUCACAGAGACCUGAGCAGAGACAGACCUCUAGUAUUGCUGCUUCACAUAUUACAGCUAGGGCCAAUAAUCCGGUGCCUGGAUGCCUUCAGUGUCUUUGGCAGUGCUGGAAAGGUGGAGGAGCCAUAUGUCACAAUCACCAGAAAGAAGCAGAUACCCCAGGAGGAGCAGACAGAGGAGGUGGAGCAAGAAGUUGGGCAGGUGGAGGGGAAGCUAGUCACUCACCGUGCAGCCUUCGCCAGGACCUCUGUCAUACAGGCCUUCCUGGGUUCCGCACCGCAGCUCACACUGCAGCUUUACAUCUGUGUGCUGCUGAAAGGGGUGUCUAUUGAAAGAGGGACAUUGAUGGUCAUUUCCCUUCUCUCCAUUGUAUACGGAGCACUGCGCUGCAACAUUCUGGCUAUCAAGAUACGCUAUGAUGAUUAUGAAGUCUCUGUCCGGCCGUUGGCGUACCUGUGCAUGCUUUUGUGGCGAGGGUUUGAGAUCGCCACACGUGUGGCCGUGCUGGUCCUCUUCAGCUCCGUGUUGAAGGUGUGGGUACUUCCAGUAGUGGCCGCCAACUUCAUCCUGUUCUUUCUGUACCCCUGGGUUCUCUUCUGGAGCAGUCGCGCUCCCUUUCCGGAGAACAUCGAGAAGACGUUGACACGCGUGGGCACCACUAUCGUACUCUGCAUGCUUACUUUCUUGUAUGCGGGCAUCAACGUCUUCUGCUGGUCUGCCGUUCAGCUCAAACUGAAUGACCCUGAUCUUAUUGAUAAAGGCCAGGCUUGGAGGCGGGUGGCAGUGUAUUACUCACUCCGUUUCAUGGAGAACACAGGGCUGACAUUGAUGUGGUAUGUCCACCGGACUGAGUUCUACCAAUGGGUGGACGCCCCUGUGUUGGAACUUCUGCUACUUUUGGGUUACGCCACGGCUGUGUUCUUUAUGUUGCUGUUUUACCAGUUUUGCCACCCUUGCCGGCAACUGUUUUCCUCCAGUCCAGCCCAAGGCUUCGGGCAGUGCUGUGAAUCCCUUUGCCUGCUCCGGGGGCCCAUUUCCCAGACCGGCUCCAUGAGGACCAAGCCUUUGUCAGAGCCAUCGGGAAAAGACGUUGGAGACGACCCAUCCUGUGUUACAGUCUGAGUAAACAACUUAAACACUUUGCCAAGAAGGAUAUAUGGCAAAUGAAAAUGUUUGUUGCAGUCUUUGCCUUGGUACUUGACGUUGGAAUGUAAGAGGCAACGUUGGUUGAACUUGGAGAUGAAUAAACGUUUCUCUUUUCGGUUUACAAGACAAUCAAGCCAGCAUGGUCCAUUGAAGUGCAUGUGAAAAUCCUUAACAAAAUGAGAGUGAAAUUGCUGCUUUUGCCAUGUGAUGUGUCUGUAUAAUUAACGUUACAAUUUCAGUGCUCUCUGUGACUGCAUAAUUUUUCAACCGGGUCUCGUAGAAUCACAUUACAAUAACUACAUUGCAAAAUGACUUUUACGUGGCUCAUUGUACGUAUCGCGGCAAUUUCCUAGUAAAAUAAAUAACAGGGGUGCUACAACCACCUUUUCACAUUCACACAAAUCACGAGUAAAACAGCAGAUUAUCAGUACAUAACUAUUUAUUUUAUCACCUCAAAACAUGUUUAAAAGCAAUAUAUUUAAACAUUUGCAUCAUAUUACAUACAUUAUAAAACUACAUUUUCAAGUGCAAUCAAGUCGCUCGGUAGCUCAACUGAUAGUGAUAUAUUUGCAAGCAAAGAACCGGGGUACGAGUCCAGCAAAUCACAUGAAAGUGUCAUAAAAGCAGCACAAAAUGGCGUGGUUGCUUCAGCAAUUGCGUUUUUUGCAUUUUCUGAUGCUAUUGGUUAGGUUCAGAUUCAAGGUUUAGGGUAGAGACCAAGCGUGCCGCACAAGCCCUCAAAUGUGAAGCCAAAACGUCUCGAUCGCCCCCUGGUGACUGGUCCUAGUAUAGGUCAUAAACCCUGCCUCCCCAUGUUAUUCAACAUGUUUAGUUAGUGAGACCAACUAAACAAUUAAAUUACACUUCACAUAUCUUUUUUCCAAAGAUAGUUUCUGUCGUUUACUGUCGUUUCUAUCACGGUGAUGUCAUUUCAAGUGUUUGUUUUCAAAAUAAGUUUGUUUUUAGUUAUUUGAUGCUAUAAAAACGGUGCUGUGACAUCAUGAUUGACAGCUGUGAUUGACAGGUUCUCUGAGCGAAGUAGUCACUGAAGCACCAAGACUUUUUUCGGGAUCUUCGGAGGACUGAGGAGAUUGGAGCUUUAAAUGUAAUAUCUACAUUUCUAUAAUUAAUUAUUUCACACCGUCAUAAUUCAAAAGUCAAAAGUGCAGGAGCGUGUGCUUGCGAUUGAUUCAGCGAGAGUGAGGGCGGGCCUUGAUUUCGCGGCUUUACUUCCUGCUCACUACUGCGCAGGUCUGGUCCCAAAAUCGCAACUGCGCAGACUCAAGUCCCAAGAUGUCAGCGCCAUAUCGGGACACUGGCGGCUUCAGUUCUCACCAAUGGAAAAGAGCGAAGGUGCGUCGUCCAUCUUUUUUUACGGUCUAUGGUAGAGACUAGGUUACUACUUUUUUAUGUAAAACUUGAUAGAACAUUAACCUUAAAAACCUCAUAUAUUUGGGGGAACAUUUCACUCACUUUUAUAGCCGCUCAGUGGAUAUUACACAUCAGAACUGCUGUGAUACAUGUAAUGAAUAGAGCGCAACAGUGCCCUGCCCACUUAUUCAGCGUCUGGAUUCCGGAAGUGUUUUUCCCAUUAAAUUUUUUCAUAGGCUUCUCGUAAAAUCCUCCAUAAAAGAGUAGUGAGCCAUGAACCAAUCCAACCAGCUCUGAGGGGAAUCACAACAUUACAGUCUUUGUAUUUAGGCAAAAAAAACAAAGGUACAAGACUGUGUACUUACCGUCUUUCACAAGGGUACAAACUACAAUCCUAUGGAGCAUUGCGAACAAUGGGAAUAUAUCAAACUAUUGAUUUUAGGCUGUUGAUUAUAAGUAUAGAAACAAUAUCUUAUGUUUAUUGCAAAAUAUUCUGAUAUGUACAAUUAGAUAUGUAGUUUAAGGGUAAAGGGAGACUGAUUAGAUGCCUGAUCGGGAUGCCUGGAGGCAACGAUGGAAGGCUCGUCUGAGGACGACUUAGAGAGAUUACGUCACUCACAGUGCAUCAUGGGAGUGGGCGGUCGCUCCGAGGCAAAUCGAGCAGGGUCAGUUGGCUGCGGUUCUCUGGUUGGUGAACCAUUUUCUGCUGGGUGAUGUAGUUGUUUACCAGGAAUUCAAACAUGCUAUUUAAACAAUGAAGUUGAAAUAAUGCAGAUGAAUGGCUUCAACAUCGAUAAACAACCUCGCAGCUCAAGGUAGGUUUGUCUUAAAAUGUUUAUAAAUUAUAAUUGAAAAUCAAUUCGUCCAUGGAUAAAUUGAACGGGAUCUUUACUUCAGGAACCAGACUGUUGAGCAUUUAGCAAAAAUGUUGCAGAUUGUGCUGUUAUUUUAAGCACUGAUUUAUUUAUGCACUGUUAUUUAUGCACUCACAUUAUGCACUGUUUUGCACACUAUUUUGUAGGUGUAAAAAAAUACUUCUUUUCACAGAGGAAAGUAUAAAUUAUAUCCUUACUUUACUGCCUCCUUGUGGCGAGCUGAAUGGCUUAAGUUUAUUAAUUUUGCAAGACUUUGUGUUGAGGGUUUGAUCUGGAAACCCCCUAGAAACAUCUCCAUAA